AUGUACGUGGUACCAGUUGCCGUGACCUUUCUCGUGAUAUCGAUAGUGAUUGUCGUUUUACGCUUAUUCACUCGAGUCUAUUUCGUCCGGACUGCGGGCUGGGAUGAUCUGGUAAUUGCGUUUGCCCUGGUCCGCCAUGGCCUGGGACAAAGCAUGCAUUUACUCAGCCUGGAGACAGUUGAGAGUCAACUCAAGGCCUUAUGGGCCAGCGUCCCAUUAUACAAUUUAAGUCUCAACCUAACCAAGGCCUCAAUGGUGCUGUUAUAUCUGCGCCUAUUCCCGCUAAGAACCUAUCAAAUCGUCCUUUACAUCGUCUUGGUCUUCGUCAUCAUCAGUGGCCUCUGGAUGGUUUUCGCCUCCUUCUUCAUGUGCAUCCCUAUCCGUGGCGCGUGGGAUAUCUCCAGUCCCCAUAACUGUAUCCCCAAGAAAGUCCUCUGGAGUCUUAACGCUGCCCUCCAGAUAGUCACCGACAUGACUAUCGUCAUUCUGCCCAUGCCGCUACUGGCCAAGCUCCAAUUACCCAGGAAGCAGAAGAUAGCGUUGAUCUUGGUUUUUGCAUUGGGGACAUUUGGCUGCGCAGUAAGCAUAGUCCGCCUAACAGCUCUCGUUGAAAUGAUCCAAAGUACAGACCGAACAAAAUACAACGCCGCAGCAGCAAACUGGUCCUUCAUCGAAUCCAGCGUCGCCAUAAUAUGCGCCUGUUUACCCCCUCUCCGCCCGAUAAUGGUACACAUCUGUCCGCGUCUCUUCCUCUCCCAAGACCGCAGCCGCUGCCAAUCGGAGAGACCGGCAUUGAAGGCCCUGGAUACACCGAAUCCGUUCCGGUUCGCGAAUCAUAGCUACUCGGCUAGUGUGACGGGGAAUUGUUCUACGAAUAAUGAUGGGAGGGAGCCGAGUAUGCAUCGACAUCCGGAUGUGGAUGGGAUUCAGGUUGUGAGUGAGGUUCAUUGGGAUUUGAAUUCGGCGGACAACUGUGCCGAGGAGACACAUUCUCAGCGGGGGUUGAGGCCUUCCGGGAGGAGUUUUUCUGUUGGUCGGGGUUGA